GCCAUCGCGAUGAUCAGUCUGGAGCCUUUCUGUACUUGCAGAAGACAGUAGUCUAGUAGCUGACUGUAUUCUAUCGUCUUUCUCUUCAGCACUGCUUCUCUUCCUCUCCUCGUAGCCGGUCGACCGCUCGCUGAUAGCGGGCUUAAGACGAUCAAUGCGUUGUGGGGUAGGGUUUCGCUGGCUAUGUCCGAGCAUCUCCAUUGUCUCUUCUCCCAUCUCGCCUCGCCCAACUCCACCCUAUGAACAAAAACUAGCCAACAACCCCAAUUGCGCCAUGUGCGGGCGCUACUCUAUGGGCAUGCGGCUCGACCGUCUCCGCAUGCACAUGCGCGAGGACGGCGUGCAGGCAGACGAGUUUAUAGACGAAGCCGAGUCUCUUACAAACUACUUUCCCUCGAACGUCAUCAACCCGGUCACCAAUCGUCCUGUGAUCUACCGCUCUGCUGAGGGUGGUGCGUUACAUGGCCGUCUGAUGCGCUGGGCAUUCGUCCCGCAUUACGAGAAAGAGAUCCCAAAGAAUAAGCCCCCCGUUUUCAAUGCUCGAAGCGAUAACCUGAGUUCUCCGAUGUGGGCGGCCGCGUUCAACAGCUGUGGCCGAUGCAUCGUUCCCGCCGACGGAUAUUACGAGUGGAUGACCCCCAAAUCAUCCGCCGGAAACACCUCCAAACCAUCCAAGAAAGUCCCCUACUACGUGCGGCCAAAGAACGGUGGCCUGAUGUACUUUGCCGGACUGUACUCGACGACCUAUCUAAAGCCUGCGAGACAGGCAGGCGAAGAGCAUUCUUCUGACGGAACCGCUCCGGAGGAGAAUACGCUCAGCGCGACGAAAAUGAAGCGGAUUCUAUACUCGUACGCAAUCAUCACGACCGAAGCCGUGGAUAGCAUCAAGUUCUUGCAUUCGAGAAUGCCGUUAAUCCUGUAUCCAGGCACCCCCGAGUUUGAAAACUGGCUCAAUCCAGCGUUCAAGGAUCUCGGUAAACUGCCUAGGGUCAACAAGGACGAAGAGGUUGUGCAGAACCUGACGUGGUCGGUGGCAGAGAUUCAUCUGUCGGGGAAAAUGGUCGGCAAGUCCUUGAAAGACAAAGGGGAUAUCGGAAAGGCUUUUGCACGAGUUGCUGCUAAACAGCAGUCUAUCAAAGAGGAGUUUGAGGCGAUCAAGGAGGAGCCUGGUGCUUACGAAUCGGACCAGCAUCGUAAUGACUACGCGGCAGAGCAGGACUACAAGAGUAUUCUCAAAGAAGAAAAGGAAGACUGGACCCCCGAGAAGCAAAAGACAGUCUUGCCCGCGUCUCCUCGACCGUCUACUGUCUCGAAACCCUCGAAACGGCACGCAGGUUCCCCACCGGGUUUUCACUCUACGCCGACGAAAAAGAGCCGUGCAAAGUCGGCAUCGUCGUCGUUAGACAAAACACCGAAGAUUACCAGCUUCUUUACGAAAAAAGCUUGACGUUCUUUAGCUCUGGCCAAUUGUUUUAUUUUAUUUUUCUCGAGUGCCAUCGGGCUAUUUAGCUCCUCGCAGUUAACUCCUCGCAGUCUGACCCGGUUCUCAUGGAUUCGCUGUAAAUAUGUUUUAUGAUACCAUUGCUCCGCUCGCUCGAAUAGCUAUAGAGUACAGUCAACGGAGACCAUCUUCACAAGCAUCCAGGGCUGGCUAUCUACCGUGACGGCAAUCUACCUCCUGUCACCUCCGUAGCAACACUCGUAAUGAAAUACCAGGAUAAGCAGAGGGCGCUCCUUUAUCUCUUACCGAAGGGGUCAGGCACGAUAACGGAGGCGAAGAUCCCGAAACGCCGGUUGUACAAGACCCUCGCUUAGCUGACAUCCGCCCGGCGCGGUUAACGCGGGAUCCGAAAAGUGACAGAGCGCAACCUCCCCU